CUUUGUAGGGCGAGAAAUAGCUGACUUCUCAAUUCCGUUUGAAGAACAACAAAUUCCUCGGUAUCUCGACAUUCCACAGCGAAGCUGCUGAAUGCACGUGUUGGUGUGAAUUCCCUGCCCGGUGUAACCUUGGGGCUUGUCUGUCAGAAACUCCCCAGUUGAUUUUACCAUCUUCUGACCAUGAGGCUGGGGCUAGUCUUCGUGCUGGUGUGUCUGACUGUUUUCGUCCUGGAAUUCGUGGAAUGCCAGAAGGAAUCAAGGAAUGUCAAAAAUGUUGUCAAAGGUAAAAAGCAAAAUAUUGGGAAGAAAGUCAAACCUGCCAUCAAAAAGACAAAAAACAAGCCAAAAGUCAAGAAGGUUUCAGUUAAGGUGCCUUCGAGGAUCCUCAUAAUGACUCAUCUGUCAGAAAAAGGCAGGUUUCGAAAACCUUCUGACACUUUGGUGGUCCCUGCUGGAGAAAGGCUGGUGCUACGCUGUAAAGGGAAUCACAUUAGCUGGGCAUAUCCCAGUUAUCUGGAUGAGGAUGAUGAAGGCAGAUUCAGCAUUACCCAUCGGGAUCGGUUUAGCCAACUGACAGUAGUAAACAGCACAGCGGCUGAUACUGGUGAAUAUCGUUGCUGGGCAUUGGAUUGUGACACUGAGACCUGCAGAAAGGAUGAUUCCAAAACAGGAAGUACUUAUGUAUUCUUCACUGAUCCACGUGAACUGUUUGUACCAACAAAUGAUUAUUAUGAAGCCAUACAGCUUCGCACUGACAGGCCCACAAGAUUACCUUGCCAAGUGACAAACCCUCUUGCAAAAGUGUCUCUGCACCGGGAAUUUCCACCUGAGGUGAUUCCGGUAAACGGGAAAUUAAUCACAUUUGAUGUGAAGAAAGGGUUCAUUAUCCACAAGGCUUUGCCAUUGUUUGCUGGCACAGUGUACUGUGUGGCAAGUUAUCGAGGAUUAAUGCAGAGCUCUACAAAAUAUCUCCUCAUAUUUACCAAUUACCCAUCUGCCCCUCCAUUAGCUAAAAUCAAAGCCUCGUCAAGCUCUGUAUCUGUGGGUGAAAACUUUAAUCUGACUUGUACAGCUCUUGGAGAAAUUGACAUAGAGGUGGACUUCACCUGGGAGUUCCCUGGUGAGCAGCUGGGAAGGCCAGCCUACACCAGGGAAAGCCAAGAGUCCGUAUACGUGGAUGGGCAGUUACGUCAGUUGUCUAAAAGUGUUCUCCUGGUGGAUGAGGGACGUCCUGUUGACAAUGGGCUUUACAAAUGUGUUGCUCAGAACUUGCAGGGAAAGACCACUGUGUCCACUCAUGUAAAAGUGCUUCCGCGUACAAGUCCUGGCCAAACGUAAGCACA